CAGAAGGAGGAGAUGUUGGUGCCUUCAUGGCUUGAGUCAUUGCUAUCCACAACAUUCUUCUCCAUCUGCUCAACACAUAGAGAUGCCCCGAGAAGCGAAUGCAACAUGUACUGCCUGGAUUGCCGCAACGUUGGUGCGUUUUGCUUUUACUGCAGAUCAUCAAGGCACAAAGAUCACCAAGUAAUUCAGAUCAGACGGUCGUCUUAUCACGAUGUUGUUAGGGUGAAUGAAAUUCAGAAGGUUUUGGAUAUCACUGCAGUUCAGACGUAUGUGAUAAACAGUGCGAGAGUGCUGUUCUUGAAUGAGAGGCCUCAGCCCAAAACUGCUGUCAAAGGGAGCUCACAUAUCUGUGAAGUUUGUGGGAGGAGUCUCUUAGACCCUUUUCGUUUUUGUUCAUUGGGAUGCAAGGUCAGCUAG